UGUAGCGAAAAAAUUUGGGGGGGGCAUUUUGUUUUGCAUACGUACGUUUUUAAUUAUUUUAAAUAGUUUUCCAAAUCAGUUAAAACGUUGUUUUUUUUAAUUGCCUUUUUCUUCAUAAUUUUUUACCAUACCCUCAUAUUUACCCCCCUUUCGCUCGUGAGUGGUAGUGUGUCUAGCCCAGAUCCUGUCUGAGGAAGAACGACGCUAACAGCUAGCUAAAGAUUGCGGAAACCUAACGUUAUCGUGGGAAAUAUAAUCAUUACUGUGAAAAUCGUUUGUUUUAAAACGUGUGACUUGUAACCGUAUACAUACGUUUUAUUUUUCCAACUGAAUAAGAUGUCAACUCCAGCAAGACGACGUUUAAUGAGAGAUUUUAAGCGGCUUCAAGAGGAUCCUCCUGCAGGAGUUAGUGGAGCCCCGUCAGAAAACAAUAUCAUGGUUUGGAAUGCCGUAAUUUUUGGCCCAGAGGGAACACCUUUUGAAGAUGGAACUUUCAAACUCACAAUAGAAUUCACAGAGGAAUACCCUAAUAAGCCUCCAACUGUGCGUUUUGUCUCCAAAAUGUUUCAUCCAAACGUCUACGCAGAUGGUAGUAUAUGCUUGGACAUUCUUCAGAACCGCUGGAGUCCAACUUAUGAUGUUUCUUCAAUCCUAACUUCAAUACAGUCUUUACUGGAUGAGCCCAAUCCCAACAGCCCAGCCAAUAGCCAGGCAGCUCAGCUGUACCAGGAGAACAAACGGGAGUAUGAGAAGAGAGUGUCUGCCAUCGUGGAACAGAGUUGGCGCGAUUGUUGACCCCACUCACCGUUCAAAGUAUGGACAAUAUCCAGCCUCAAGGAAGAAAAAUAUCUCACAAAUGAAAUGAAAUACAUGUGGUUUGAAUCUUUCUCUGCAGUAUGUUUGGCUGUUGUGGUUUCCCUUCAUGCAGAAUGCUCUUUCUGGACAAGAGCACAUCAAAGUAAAUGUACCUUGUUAUAUCUGGGUUACUUACAAUGUAAUUUAACCCAUUUUUUUUUAAAUCUUGGCAUAAAAAGGUACUUUUUUUUUCCUGAUCAGGAGUUACUUUGUUUGUCAUUUUAGUGUUUUAAGUCCUCGGCUUGCAGUGUGAUUUUCUUGUGUUGAUCCACAUAAAAGUGUUUUUUCUAUGGUUUCAAUGUUUUGUUUCUAGCUUUCACACGUUUGCCUUUUUGGCGCUUUUGUAUGAUAGUAAUCCAACUAAGACACAAUGUGAUGAACACCUGUUUUCUCCAACCAAUGUCAAUCUCAAUACCCUACCUUUUUACAUGCACAAACCAUGUUCUUGUUGGGGCUUUGUUUAUAUGAACUGAAUGGCUCUUUGAAUGAUAUCUCCCAUCAGGAAUCAAGUGUUUCGGAAAGGGACAUACUUGGUGCACUUUGAAAUGCAAGUCCUGUAACGCUGGUGCAAAAGCAUAUUCAUGAGGAUGAGAUUGACAAAUUGCCUGCUCUGAGAAUUUGUGGUAAACCUUCUCAUGCACAGAACUCAGAAUGUAUCAAGGCAAGGGUUGUCUGUACUUUUAACGCUCAAAUCAUAUGGUUUAAAUGUCCAAUUACUUGAGUUCCAUUUAUUUGUAUCCUUACGUAAUUACUAAUACCACAUGGGAAUGUUGCAGUGUCCUUAACACCAUUCAAUCUGUGUAAAAUGUGCAGUUGUAACAUUUACAAACUACAUUUUCUUGUAAAUAAAAAUAAUUAUACAUAUA